AUGCGAGUGUUUUCUGUGAUUACAGCCAUGUCGCGGGUCGGCGUGCUGGGGCAGAUGUCGGAGAUCAACGAACACCUCUAUUUGUCCGGCGCUGGAGUCCUCAAGCCGGACAAGAUGAAGCAGCGUCGCAUCAGCUUCGUCGUCAACGCUACCACAGAAGAACCCAACGCCUACCUUCAAGGUUUUUUUUUGUCGCUUCAUUCACUACGUGAUCGCUUCAUAACUGUAAGGACUGCGGCUGCCUUCUUUCAUCAUUCAGACCCUUUAAUCAUGCCGAAACGGUAUUCUGGGUCGCUGGCACGGUGUUCCCAAACGGGGUGGGGAGAAAAAAAUUGUGGCGCGAAAUUCAGAUCUCAGUACGCAGCCAAAAAGGGAGUACUUAUUAACGUUGAAUACUCAGUAUAUCCAACUUAUUAACGUUGAAUACUCAGUAUAAUUUGUGACGUAGAAUGACGCGUCGUGACGUAAUUUUAUCCGUAGCGCGCACUUACUUUUUUUUUUUGAAAAUUCAAUAACUUUGGCUCACCUUACCUCACCCCAUUAGCAAUGCCGUGGCUGGAAAUACCUUCGAAAAAAAGAAGACAGAAUGAAAUAUCUAAAUCGAGGAAAAAGUUAUCAUGUGUUUUGUUUCACAGCUAUGAUCGCACAACUAUUGGUUUUUGUCCAAGCUUCUAAGAUAAAAAAUUUCUAGAAUAAGCUUCAACUUUUCAGGUGUGGACUACCUGAAAAUUCGGAUAGAAGACCAUCCGUACGCGAGAAUCCAAGAUUAUUUCGACACGGUUGCCGACAAAAUCAAAUCUGUCAAGGUUUGCUUUUAUAUUUAUUCCUUAUGCCCCUUUCUUUUAUUAUUUCUUUUUUUUGAUUUCAUAUUAGGAAGCUUCGUAGACUUUUUUUAGUAAUAUUUUGAAUGGAAAAGUCCCCUGCGAUGAAAAAUGUGCGAUAAAUCCUCUACACUUUAGCCUACUCGGAUUUAUUAAAGGGGCUCUAAUUUUCAAAUUUGAAGAAAUGGUGUGAAUAUUGAAUUUGCUAACCAAGGAAUCUGAAAGUAUUUUUCUUUCCCCCAGUGUGUUUUCCAUUGAAGACAGAUGUUCUUUGUUACGAGGACAAAGCGUUCGCCAACCGCUACUGCAGAAAAAAAGAACAAGUUAGCACGAAAAGAGACUGAAAUAUAUAUAAAGAUAGGCAUGAUUUUUUUUUUCUCUUAAGGAUAAAAAAAAAAUUGAGGAAAGAAAUAGACUUUAGAUACUAUUCUCACUGAAGUUUUAAUUCACCUUUCUUUUUUAUCAGUGAAGAAAAUGUAAACCGUUUCCAAAUGACGUCUGAGAAACAAGCCUAAACAACAAGGAAUAUUAAAGGCGCAUUUUCAAUGGGUCAUGAUAGCCGCCAGGGAGUGAAAAUAUAACUGCAAUUCGGAAAUUCAGAAAUUAAUUUGCAUUUCGCGAAAAUUACUUUGAACACGGUAUGUGCGAGAGCGCCGCAGUGUAUGCAGACGACACACUACACUUUACGGGAAAAAAAAAGUAUGAGCGGAGCGUCGUCAAAAAACGCCGCGCUUUGUUGUGAAGAAAAUACAAAUUCGUUCUAGAAAAGAAAACUAAAUAUUUCAGCUAAAAAAAUUUCAUUUGUUUGUAACAAGACUAAUCUUUCUUGAAAAUGGAAUAUAUUGCGCAAAAAUCGAUCGUCUACAUUUUUCGAUGUUUAUUCUGCCUAGUUAUCUCAACUCUUGUGUCAGCGAUGCAUUUUUAAGAUUUCUGGAGUUUCAGGAAAAAGGCGGUCGGACGCUGGUGCACUGCAUGGCGGGAGUCUCGCGCUCCGCCAGCCUCGUCAUGAUCUACCUGGUGAAGUAUGAGCACAUGACGCUCCGACAGGCCUACCUGUACGUCAAGGCGGCCCGACCCGUGGUCCGUCCCAACAUCGGCUUUUGGAAACAGAUGGUGGACUACGAGAAGCGCCUUCGCGGUAACUGGACCCUUCGCUACCCUCUUCAGCCCCCGCGGUUGCAGGAACCGCUUCCGUGAAGAUGAUCAUGACGACGGAGUGCGACAUGCCGAUUCCUGACGUCUACUGCGAGGACGUACGUCGCUUGCAGCAGCUGCGGGAGAUGCGGGAGAUGCGAGAAACUGCGCGACAGCCCCCGCCUGCGCUCUCCUCCAAGUACCGCACCCUGUCGGCCAGGUUCGUCCUCCGCAAAAAUGCAAUUGCUUCCGACUCACUGACUGCACCUUGUCUUUUUUCGCCCGCCGGCGCUGUUACACCCCACUCGCCUUCUCUUUUUGCUCCGAGCACUUUUUCUCAUUUUUUGCGGCGAGAUGGCUCAGAAUACAAGUCUCCUAACCCGGGAAUGGUCACAGCUCACAGUGGGACUCCUGGAUGUGACCAUGCUUCUAGGUUUAAUUUUUCACGCUGAUUCCAAAUCCGGUCUCGAAAGCUGACAUCGAGGUCUAUGAAAAUAGUUAUGGAUCCCAAAAGUCGAAAAUUUCAUAGUCUCGCUCAUUUUUGGCGGCUAUAUAGAUCCUGUCCCUCUGGUCACGAAAAACCAUCUCCAAAAAAAGUCAUGAGCCCAAAUUUUCGAAUCGUUCUAAAAAACCAAGCUUUAUUGCAACUUCCAAAAUUACGUAGAGAAAUCGAACAGAUUCCUCCGAAGAAAAAAAUAUAUUAUAGGAAUUUUUUUCUCAACAAUGUUUACAAAACAAAGCUCUGUUCUUUUAUUUUCAGAAAAUUCUCCUUUGCUUUUUUCAGCUUUCAAUCCAGGUGAAAAAAAUCAGUGUUUUCGAUUCGCCUUAUUUUUAAUUUCCAGUUAGAGUUAUCCUCUGUGAUUACGAAAAUAACUUAUUAUUUUUCUGCAAAAUUUUUAAGCGAAAUAAUAUUUGUGGUCGGAGAAGUGGAUUUUUUUCUUUUUUUGAAUUUGAAUGACUAUAACUUUUUCACAGACCUCCGCAAAAAAAUUAUCGAAAUUAAAAUAGAAAAAAACCAUAAAGUUUUUUUGCAAGCUUUUAGUGACCCCUGUAGGGGUGGUAAAGUGGUCCCUAAAGCCUAUAGGGAAAAGUUGAAAGGAGAAAAUAGAAAAAAAAAAAUCCUUUUUUGGUUUAACACCGUUCUGAUGGACCGUAGUGAAAAAUUAGGUUUUGAAUAAAAUCGGAAAUGAACACGUCGGAAAACAACAAAGAAAGUUCUUUGCAGCACGUUCAGACCGACAUCGCUGUCAUCUCCGACGACGUCUUCAGCAACGACGACCAGACGAGCCCACAGUCCAGCGUUAGCGCCGACGAGUCUGGCGCUGUCGACGUCGCGGAUGUUCUCGCCGGCGCCGUCGCGGAAGCCGGCCCGCCAGAGCGUUUUCUCCAUGUACUCGGCGCCGCGCCACACGUUCUUCUCGGCCUUCUAG